AUGACCACUUUCUAUAUUCCUGUGAGGUUUGCGAACGAACCGCAAUCUCCCUACUCCCUUCAGUCCGAAGCGUCUACUCAUCUGCCGUCGUCCCCUGCUCUUGCCGGUAUGACUCCUGAUCCGUCGAUCAAAUCGGAAGAGGCCGAUUUGCCUGCUACCUCUGCCGCCAAAACUGCUGCACCUGAAGAGACCAUCGAGUCUUCAUCUCCUAAUCCUGUGGUCAAGUCGGAAGAGGCCGACUCGCACGCUGCAUCUACUGCUGAACUGACCGACCCUGAAGAACCCGUUGAUGUGCGUAGACGUGUGGAGGACCACGUGCAUGCACCUCGUCCGCCUCCUCCCUCCUUUUCAGACAUUCGUCUGUUCGCCAUCGCCGCGGCUUUCCAAGUGAAUGCCGAUGGCCAGUUUCCUUUUCACUACCAGGAGCAACACGCACGAUCGCCGUCACCUCCCAAUUCUUCUGACAUCCCAGGAAGCGGAACCGCUUCCUCUCCUAUUCGUGUUGACACGCCUCCCCCAGCUGAACCUCACUAUGUGUACCCGCCUCUCCCCGAUCCGGACCACGAGUUGACACCUGAGGAGCGCGGACCGAUCUGGGCCGAGGUUGUUCAAGAGGACGCGGUCUUAAACGCGCGCCGACAUAUCAAGGGCUUCUUUCGGUCUUAUUUCGAUUUGCUGGACGGAGACGUCCUCAAUCACCCGCGUCGAAGUGGCGGUUAUAGGCGUAUGGCGCGAUGUCGAUUGUAUGAGAGCGUUAUGGAGGAACUGGACCGUGUGCUUGAGACUGUAGACCAAGUACAGAUGACUGUUAUAGACUAA